AAAAAAAAAAAGAACCAGACGGAAUCAUGUUGUUGCCAGAAGGGCCAGGGAGGUUGGAAGAGAAGCGUGAGCUGUCCUGGUACCCACAGAGUCAGCGGAGGCGGAGCCCCAUUCUAGGGCCCCACGCCCCACAAAACUGCAAACCAUCCGCUCAAACUCCUAAACUGCUGGGAGGAGGAAAGCGCCAAAGCAGAUGGGAAGGACCCGACUGGAAAAGACGGGGAGCAGAAACUAAGGCUGCGACAACGAAAGAAAGAAGAUCUUACGGCCUGUGGGAAGGUUUAAAAAAAAAAGAAAAAAAAAAAAAAAGCGCCGGAGCCUAGACCACGUGCUGGCAUUUCAGAACCAGGGCAAUCAAAACAAACCUGCGUGGCCCCGCCCAGCGCGCGUCACGUGACGGCCGCGCCGCGGCGCUUCCGGGGAGCGUGGGAGCCGCCGCGACCACUUCCGGCCGCGCGGCCCGGGGGAGCCGGGGUCGGCGGCGCUCUGGAGGGGCUCCCGCUGCGCUGCCCACGCGUGUGGCCGGGGCGCGGCUGGCCAUGGCGGCAGCCCCGGGGGCGACCCCCGACUCGGCCCCCGCCGCUGGAGCCGGAGAGGUGGAAGGUGAACGUGUCAAACCUUUUACACCAGAGAAAGCAAAAGAAAUUAUAAUGUCUUUACAACAACCUGCAGUCUUCUGUAACAUGGCUUUUGAUUGGCCAGCACACCACUGGACUGCUAAGCACCUUUCUGAGGUCCUUCAUGACAAGCAGAUCCGGUUCAGGAUGGGAAUGAAAAGAACAGAUACAGUUCCUCAGUUUGAAACAACAUGUGCUUAUGUAGAAGCUACACUUGAAGAGUUUCUGACCUGGAACUGUAACCAGUCUACUAUUUCUGGACCAUUUAGAGAUUAUGACCAUUCCAAAUUCUGGGCUUACGCUGACUAUAAAUAUUUUAUCAGCCUAUUUGACGACAAGACAGAUAUUUUCCAGGAUGUGAUAUGGUCUGACUUCGGGUUUCCUGGAAGAAAUGGACGGGAAAGUACAUUGUGGAUUGGCUCCAUGGGAGCACAUACACCCUGUCAUCUGGACUCCUAUGGUUGCAACUUAGUAUUCCAGGUACAAGGAAGGAAAAGAUGGCAUCUCUUUCCUCCGGAAGAUACUCCUUUCCUUUAUCCGACUAGAAUCCCUUAUGAAGAAUCUAGUGUGUUCAGUAAAAUCAAUGUUGUGAAUCCUGAUUUACAACGCUUUCCUCAGUUCUGCAAAGCUCGAAGAUACAUGGUUACACUAAAGCCAGGACAGGUUCUGUUUGUUCCGAGACAUUGGUGGCAUUACGUAGAAUCCAUUGAUCCUGUCACUGUCAGUAUAAACUCCUGGAUUGAGCUGGAAGAGGACCACCAAACCCGGGUGGAAGAGGCAAUCACACGCAUGCUUGUGUGUGCCCUGAAGACUGCAGAGGACCCACACAAUACCAGAGCUUGGUUAAACCCAACUGAGGUUGAGAAAACAUCCCAUGAAGUCAAUUGCCACUACUUAAAUAGAGCCGUUUCUGCCCUUUUUGAUUACAGAACAUCUAAGGUAGUAGAAAUCCAAGCACUGAGAACAAAUAGAGAUGACAUGAAAAAGGAAGGAUUAAAUGUGCACCAUCACAUGGAGGUGGAACAAAUGGAUGACCAGGACUUACUCUUGGGAACCAUAAAACAGGAGGCAGCAAGUCCCUUUGGCCCUGAUCUGGUUCCUGUAAUACUGAGUUCUGAAGAACUACCAUCAGAGAGAAGAGGUAUAUUUGAAGGUGAUGGUAAAGACUUUGUUGGCAAAGAUGGAGAACACCCUGGAAAAUUGCACUGUACCAAGAGGCAACGGAUGAUGAGUAAAAAUGAAGAUGUAGUUGCGGAACAAACUGCUUCAGAUAGUAGUAUGGCUCCUUCUCAGACAUUCAUUUCUACAGAUGACUUGUUGGACUGCUUAGUGAAUCCACAAGUAACCAGGAUAGUGGCCCAACUUCUGAUAAAAGGAAGAAGUUUGUGGUCCUAAGGAAAUGACUUUUAAAAUAAUACCUUAAAAAUAUUUUUAAAAAUAAUAUGAUUUUUAAAUAAAAGAUGGAAAAGCAAAAAGUUAAUUUGCACAUGCUUGUAAAUGCACUUGUUCUUACCUUAAUUGUGUUUCAGUCUCUUGCCACCUUCAUUCAUAAACAUUGCUCUUUGGCCGGGC